AAUGUGAAUAUGAAGUAUUUUCAUUAUUUCACCUCCAUUUUUGUACUUGGAACUUGAAAAAUUUUAAAAUUUUUGCCUCUGUUUUCUGUGAUACCUCCAAAAUGUUCAAAAUUGGAUUUAAUAAUUACAAUAAUAUAUUUCACUUUUUUUUUUGGAAAACCAAAAAAAGCAAAUUAUUGUGAUUGCAUUGUGCUAACAUGCGCUAGCCUGGCUUUCCUUAUUUCUGAAAUUCACGCCCACUGUAUAUAUGAAAACAAAAUCCUUCCACUAUUUUCAACUUAUUUUCUUUUCUUUUUUUUUCUGUCAGGAAAAUUUCUUCGUACAAGUAAAGAAAGAGAGGAAUUAUGAUUGGACCAAAUUUCAUGGACGAGCUAGACUGUGGCAGCUUCUUCGACCACAUUGACGACUUGCUUGAUUUUCCGAACGAAGAUAUCGAAGCUGGGUUAACGGCUGCCGACUCUAAGUCUUUCUCCCCUCUUUGGCCGACUCAGUCCGAAUCAUUGCCGGCUUCCGACUCGGUCUUCUCAAACAACAGCACUACAGACAUUUCCGCUGAGCUUUCCGUUCCAUAUGAAGACAUUGUUCAGCUUGAAUGGCUUUCCAACUUUGUUGAGGAUUCCUUCUCCGGAGGAAGCCUUACAAUUAAUAAACAGGUGUCAUCCUGGACGUCUAGUCCAAUUUCUGUUCUGGAGAGCAGUAGCUCCUGCUCAGGAGAGAAAAAUGUGUUGUGCAGCCCCAAAACAGUUCCCCCCGGAAGACGAGUACGUGCUCGUAGCAAACGUACUCGCCCCGCAACUUUUAAUCCUCGCCCUCCACUGCAACUUAUUUCACCGACUUCCUCUGUCACUGAGGCGCACCAGUCCUUUGUAGGCCCUAAGGUUCCUUCUGAUUCUGAGAAUUUUGCUGAGUCUCGCCUUGUGAUCAAGAUAACAAAGCAGUAUAACUCAGAACAUAAGAAGAAAAAGAAGAUGAAAUUGACAGUUUCCCAAGAUUCCACUGAGAAUGAUCAAAACCAACCAACUCAAGCAGUUCGGAAAUGCAAGCAUUGUGAGAUAACAAAGACGCCGCAAUGGAGGGCAGGACCUUUGGGGCCGAAAACCCUUUGCAACGCAUGUGGUGUUCGUUACAAAUCAGGCAGGCUCUUCCCUGAAUACAGGCCUGCAGCUAGCCCAACAUUUGUGCCCUCCGUGCACUCAAAUUCCCACAAGAAGGUUCUCGAAAUGAGAUGCAAGAAUGGUGAGAAGCCUGCAAUGGCAGGGAUUGAGAAGAUGAUGGCCAAUUCUCCGGAGAUGAUUCCAAAUAUCAACAACCUUGCACGGGAGUACAUUUGAGGGAUAGGCUUCAGGAGAGAGCAACGCUCCCUAUUGGGAAUAUUUCUCCUCGGCUUUCCUCACUUGUUCCAGUCUUAUCUGCAAUUUGCUUACAGUUAUUUCCUUCAUUUCUUUGUUCAUUUGAUUUUGUACAGGGUUGGAAUGGGCGAAGUAGGAGCAGUAGAUGACCCAAUAUUUUAGCUAGUAGAAAAGAAGAGGAGAGAAGAAAAGGAUUGUAAUGAGAGAACUGAACUGAACUGAGGGUCAUAGAGAAAAGGAAAGACUUAAGAAUAGUAAAGUUUUAGGUUUACUGAAAUGAGUUAGGUCCUUUAGAUGUUGAUUUCUUGUGUUUCCUUCUUUUCUUUUUUUAUAUUCUUUUUCUUGUUCUUCCCUUCAUUUAGGGAAUUCUUUUUGCAGUUCAUUUGUCAGUAGAAAUUUGAGAACUUUGGUAUUGCUUUUA